AAAAAAAAACUAUGAUUUGCACUACAUGUCCCAGAAGUCUUUGCAGUCGCUCGUGAUCACGUGACAUUGUAUAAAAGGGCACGUGUGUUCUCAGUCUCUUCCGUUUGGGUUGAAGGUGAAGUUCGUUUUCUCUGUCCUCCAUACACACACACACCCUGAAGAUGUCUACUGUGUCUGCUGCCAGUGUUGAGGCUGCUCACGUGCCCCAGAGCACUGAGGAGAAAAAGCCCCUGAAACCGUGCUGCGCUUGUCCUGACACAAAGAAAGUCAGAGAUGCCUGCAUCAUCGAAAAGGGGGCGGAAAACUGCUCAGAGCUGAUUGAGGCACAUAAAGACUGCAUGAGGGCACUGGGCUUCAAGAUCUAAACACUCUACUUCUGUCUGUGUGGCUUUUCCUGUGGAGGAUGACACUGGGUGUUCCUUUUCUACCCCACCCCCUCUAUUUAUACCCAAGUUAAAGGGAAAAAGUAGGAAUGCGUGUGAUCUGUGUGAAUGUGUUUUUUAAACUUUGCCCACUUUGUGAAAUAUGUCUAAAAUGCUGUCUAUAGAUGAAUAAAAGUUCUAUGCAAUAAA